AUGUCGGUAUUUUCCUUGGAUGCAAGCCAUGGCAACCCUGUCACAAGGGAGACCGUAGACACUCUUUGCGCUCAACUGGGGGUAACUAUAGAGGAAAAAGAGAAGGAAGACUACCGAUGUCUCCUUGCGGUAUUUCACGAUGCAAGCGAGCAACUUAUGGCUAUGGAUGACUACGUCCCACAUGUUGAUGAAGAACGCUUUCCAAGAGAAAACAUACAUUUUCCAGAAAGAUCAGAGAAUUCGCAUGGGGCCUGGGCGUGGAAGUGCAGCAUUAUUGACAAACAGGCCGACGGUCAAGGCAAGCUGCACGGCAAGACUUUUGCCUUGAAAGACAACAUAGCCGUCAAGGGCGUGCCCAUGCUACUCGGUACCAACUUCAUCAAGGAUUACAUACCAGAUGUCGAUGCGACCGUCACAUCUCGCAUCCUAGAGAGUGGUGGCCGAAUCCUUGGCAAGGCUGUGUGUGAAAACUUGUGUCACUCGGCUACAAGUCAUUCCUCUGGCACUGGCAUAGUCGAGAGUCCGUUCGCGAGAGGCUACAGCGCAGGCGGAAGUUCCAGCGGAUCAGGAGUUCUCGUUGCAUUGGGAGAAGUUGACGGAGCCAUUGGUGCAGACCAAGGAGGCAGCAUUCGCGUUCCAGCGGCCAACUGUGGAAUUGUAGGCCUAAAACCCACAUUCGGACUGAUUCCGUAUACCGGCUGUGGCAGCAAUGAGCCAACAAAUGACCACAUUGGUCCCAUGACACGUACUGUACUCGACAAUGCCGUUCUGCUUGAAGCUAUUGCAGGAACCGACAACAUCGAUGAUCGAUCAUUUGCAGCGCCGCAUCCCUCGAAAAUUCCACUCUAUAGCUCCAUCGCCACGCUGCCCGUGGAAAAGCCACUGCAGGGCAAAAGGUUUGCAAUCAUAACCGAGUCCCUCUCCACACCCGCCAUGGAUCCACGCGUCGUUGCAACCUUCCGCACAGCCGUAUCAAAAUACAAUUUGCUCGGCGCAACCAUCAGCGAAGUCUCCAUCCCCCUCCACUCCAAAGGUGCCGCAAUCUGGACGGGGAUCUCCAAAGUCGGUGGUUUUCUAUCAAAAACAAGCGGUGCGUUUGGGCGCCGCAGCCACCAAAUGCUCAGUCUGAACGCGCUGUUCCACCCCAUGAGCCAGCAGAACUGGGACGAAGCGUAUUCCUCGACCAAGAAUAUCUAUCUCAACGGCCUGUAUGCCACGCAGAAUUUUCCACAUCUACUUGCCAAAGCAACGAAUUUAUCGCGCCAGCUGCGCGAUGCUUAUGAUGCUGCGUUGCAGGAAUACGAUGUCUUGCUUACGCCUACCCUGCCGUAUGUGGCGACGAGUCAUCCGGCUGCGGAUGCGAGUCCGCUGGAGCAGAUUAAGAAGCAGAUUGGACUUACGGCAAACACGGCGCCGUUCAAUCAGAGUGGGCACCCUGUGCUCGCGCUGCCGAUUGGCAUGUUGGAGGUGCAGGAGGGGCCCGGCGUCAAUGAUGGAGUCAAGCUGCCCGUCAGCAUGCAGAUUGUGGGGAAAUGGUGGGGAGAAAUGGAAGUGCUCAAAGCAGCGUAUGCGUGGGAGCAGGCGUCGAAUUGGAGAGAGUUGUGA